AUGGCGAGAAAAACUUGGAUCGGCGCGAACUGGAAGUGCAACGGUUCAUUUGAGUUGAUCAAAAAGCUAAGCUCGACUUACAACGAACACAAACCCGGGAAAGCUGACGUCGUGAUUUUUCCCCCCGCACUCUACGUCUUCGAAUGCCAAAAAACGUUUCAAAAGCCUUAUGAAAUCGGAGUGCAGUCUGUUUUCUCUGCGAAGUGCGGCGCCUACACUGGAGACCUGUGCCCGGAGAUGCUGGAUGACUUCAACACCCAGUGGGUGCUGGUUGGACAUUCAGAACGCAGGGCUAUCCACAAAGAAUCCAACUGCGACAUUGCACAGCAAACUAGAGCUUUAAUCAGCCAUAACAAGAAAGUCGUGCUUUGUAUCGGCGAAAAUCAAACUCAGUUCACAAACAACGAAACCAAAAAAGUGCUCGACGAACAGCUGAGCAAGAUAUUGUCUAAUACCGACAUUUCUGACGAGAAGUUCGCUGAAAUUGUAAUUGCAUACGAACCUGUCUGGGCCAUUGGCACCGGGAUCUCCGCUGAACCGAAAGCUAUUUCAGAGACUAUCAACUACAUCAGAGCUUCCAUUGCAAAGACUCGCUCUGCUGCAACCGCUGAAAAAAUUAGAAUUGUUUAUGGUGGAAGUGUCAACCCAGAAAACUGCGAUAGCUUUUUGAAAGAGGAGACUAUUGACGGAUUGUUAGUUGGCGGCGCUUCUAUUAAACCAGAUUUCGGACAAAUCAUCCAAGCUGCAAAUAAGGCUUAA